CCCAGGAUCCUGCUGACGGUGGUGGUGAUUUUCCGCAUCCUGAUCGUGGCCAUCGUGGGCGAGACGGUGUACGAGGACGAGCAGACCAUGUUCAUGUGCAACACGCUGCAGCCCGGCUGCAACCAGGCCUGCUACGACAAAGCCUUUCCCAUCUCGCACAUCCGCUACUGGGUGUUCCAGAUCAUCCUGGUGUGCACGCCCAGCCUCUGCUUCAUCACCUACUCGGUGCACCAGGCGGCCAAGCAGCGCGAGCGCCGCUACUCCUUCCUCUACCCCCUCCUGGAGGCCAAGAAGCCCAAACUCAACGGGGCCCUGGCGCCCGACGCCGCCAAGGACGAGGCGGAAGCGGCGGCGCGGCCGCCCCGCAGCGCCAAGAUGAAACGGCAGGAGGGGAUCUCCAGGUUCUACGUGAUCCAGGUGGGUGAGAAACCCACCCUCAGGUGCAAACAGGAGGGCAUCUCCAGGUUCUACGUGAUCCAGGUGGGUAAAAAACCCACCCUCAGGUGUAAACAGGAGGGCAUCUCCAGGUUCUACGUGAUCCAGGUGGGUAAAAAAACCAAACUCAGGCGCCCUGGGGAUGAAACAGGAGGGGAUCUCCAGGUUUUAUGUGAUUCAGGUGGGUGGAAAAUGGGGGAAAACCAUAAAAAAUGGAAUUUUG